ACUUAAGUCUCAGGUAACACUGAGCUUAAUACUGUAGGAUAUACAACAACAAAAACUCUUUUCUUCACCCUAAAGCUAGGUUUAUUUCAUGGGCUUUUGGUUUUAAAUAUCUUUCAAACUACAAGAGAGAAGAAUUGUGUUUCUUCUUCUCCAAGAAACAAACUACAGAUUGAUUGAGACUUCCUUUAAAGAAACCAUGGACAAAGUUGUGAGAAUGUCUUCGGAGAAAGGAGUUGUUAUAUUCAGCAAGAGCUCGUGUUGCAUGUCCUAUGCGGUCCAGGUCCUCUUCCAAGACCUUGGGGUUCACCCGACCGUCCAUGAGAUAGACAAGGACCCUGAUUGUCGUGAGAUAGAGAAAGCCCUAAUGAGGCUCGGGUGUUCCACACCGGUUCCAGCCAUCUUUGUUGAUGGGAAGCUCGUUGGUUCGACCAAUGAAGUCAUGUCGAUGCACCUUAGCGGCUCGCUUGUUCCGCUAGUUAAACCAUUUCAAGCCAAUCUAUGUUAGAAAAUGUGUUCUAACUUUUUAAUCUAAACAUAUAAUUCAAUAAGAAACAACCUAAAACACAAUCUAUAGCCGAUGCAAGUAUGCAACCUUUGUAAUAUAACUUUAUAAAUAUUGUUUGUUUGUAAUUUUAUUGAAGUGAUCCUAUAAUAAUUGACUAGUUUAAGCUUU